AUGUUUUCGAAAGUUGUCCAAACCCGUGGCAACGCAGCUGUGGCCAUGUUCUAUGAGGAUCAACAGUGGUCAUUUGGGCAACUGGAUGCCUACUCUAACAAAGUAGCCAAUCUUCUGCUUCGUGAGGGAUUUAAACGAGGCGAUCGGCUUUAUCUUCUGCUUCGUUCCUGUCCAGCGUUUGUGGCCAUUUGGCUUGGUGCGGCCAAAGUAAGUGUAACCGGUAAAUUCACUUCUCAGUUUUGA